AUUUUUUGUCGGAAUUCAAAGCUUUUGUAUAAGCUGAUUUUUGCUUCGAAGGGGAAGAAGAAAGAAAAGGGUUUUAGGUCAAGCUGAGAACAAAAGAACAGAAAAAAUGGAAGACGGUGAGAUAGAAGAAGGUUCAAUCGCCAUGGAAGAACAAAACGAACAAGCCUUUCCCAAUUCCUCAGAAGAUUCCAAAUCGGACGAAGAAUCACCCUACGAAUUGCUUCAAAACAGUAAAUCUUCCAUUGAAUCAAUCAUCUCCGAUAUCCUCUCCAUCAAAAAAGAAGCUAAACCUAAACAACUCCUUCGUGAUCUCGUUACUCAAAUGUUCCUUCACUUCAUCACUCUUCGUCAGGCGAAUCGUUCGAUUUUGAUUGAGGAGGAUCGGGUUAAAAUGCAGACAGAACGCGCGAAGGCGCCGGUGGAUUUUACGACUUUGCAGCUUCAUAAUUUGGUGUACGAGAAAAGUCAUUAUCUUAAAGCCAUUAAGGCUUGUAAAGAUUUUAAAUCGAAGUAUCCUGAUAUUGAACUUGUGCCUGAGGAAGAGUUUUUCCGAGAUGCUCCGAAAGAUAUAAAGGAUUUGGUUUUGUCGAAAGAUAGUGCUCAUAAUUUGAUGCUCAAGAGGCUCAAUUUCGAGCUAUAUCAGCGUAAAGAGCUCUGCAAACAUCAUGCAAAACUGGAACUGCAAAAGAAAAUCCUUUUGGAGACUAUUGCGAACCGAAAGAAGUUCCUGACAAGUCUCCCUUCACAUCUUAAGUCUCUUAAGAAAGCAUCCUUGCCUGUACAAAACCAGCUAGGAAUUACGCAUACAAAGAAACUAAAGCAGCAUCAUUCAGCAGAGUUGCUUCCACCGGCUCUUUAUGUGAUUUACUCACAGCUAUUGGCUCAGAAAGAGGCCUUUGCAGAACCUAUUGAUCUGGAGAUUGUAGGAAGCCUGAAAGAUGCUCAAGCUUUUGCUCGCAGUCAAGCCAACAAGGACACUGGCAUUUCCACUGUCAUGGAUAGCUCCAAAUUGGAAGAUGAUGUUCAUGAUGAUGAAGAAGAUGGUCAGAGACGUAGAAAAAGGCCAAGGAGGGUAGAAGUCAAGGAGAGCCCUGACCAAGGGGGUAUAUUCAAAAGUCACCCACUUAAAAUCAUUAUCAAUGUGUAUGAAGAUGAGUCUUCUGAUCCUAAGCCUGCGAAACUCAUUACGCUAAGGUUUGAGUACGUGGUGAAGUUGAAUACUGUAUGUGUUGGAGUAGAAGGAUCUAAUGAUGGUCCUGACAAUGACAUCUUGUGCAAUUUAUUCCCCAAUGAUACAGGACUCGAGCUUCCACACCAGUCAGCUAAGCUCUUUGUUCAAAAUGCUAUGGCGUUCAAUACUCAAAGAACUUCACGUCCUUACAAAUGGGCUCAGCACCUGGCAGGAAUUGAUUUCUUGCCUGAGGUGUCUCCACUGCUCCCCGCUGACAACAGUGAAGCAGCCAAGAGUGAAGAUGUUGUAUCUGGUCUUACAUUAUAUCGCCAACAGAACCGAGUACAUACAGUUCUGCAGAGAAUUCGCUCAAGGAGAAAAGCUCAGUUGGCUCUUCUGGAACAGCUAGAAUCUCUUACAAAACUUGAGUGGCCUCUUUUGUCCUGUAAAAGUGUUCCAUGGGCUUUGCACACUCCCUUGUGCAAAUUGGAUGGCUGGUCACCUAUAAGAGCCCUACCUGUGCCUAGUGAAGCUUCGUCUCCGGCUAUCAUAGAUAAAGAGGAGCAUGUUCAGGAAUCAACGGAUGUUGAUGUGAUUGAAAAUUCUGGUGUCACAAAAGGAGAACUGGAUAGUAUGACGGAAGAUGGCGAGCUUCCAACUUUGCUUCCAAAGAGGACUAAGUUUGAUCACUCCAAGCAAGCUAGCUUAAUUUCAAAAAGCAUCAUUCCUUCACUUAAUAAAGUCAGGUCCCUGAGUUUCAAAAAAGGUGAUGAUAGUUCUGAUUUCUUGCUGGAUACUGAUAGUGAUUUUGAUGAGCCUGCACAAGUAGAAAGUGAACAUGAACAUAGCGUAUCUGAUUACUGUGCCACAAAGUCUCUUUCGUGGAUGGAAUCUGGUGCGAAGGAAUUUGUCCUUGUUCUUAGCAGAAAAACCAAUGCAGAUGAAAGAAAUGUGAAUCUAGAAGCCAAGAUCAAGAUCAGUAUGGAAUAUCCUCUAAGGCCUCCUCUUUUUGCAUUGAGUUUUUGUGGUAGACCUUCUGGGGAGUACCAUAUUGAGAAUGAUGGAUUGGAAUGGUACAAUGAACUUCGUGCAAUAGAGGCGGAGGUCAACUUACACAUGCUAAAGACACUACCUGUUAAUGAACAUAAUUACGUAUUGGCUCAUCAAGUGAGUUGCCUUGCCAUGUUAUUCGACUACUAUUUAGAUGACGGGUCAUCAUCAGAAAGGACAAAUUGCACUACCUUGGUUGAUGUUGGCUUAUGCAAGCCUGUUAGUGGUGGGUUCUUGGGAAGAUCUUUCAGAGGAAGGGAUCACCGGAAGACGAUCUCCUGGAAAGAUACGAAAUUUACUUCCAACUGACCCAAGCAGCGGUAGGUUCCCUGUUAGAUCUUUCAGAGGAAAAGACCACAAUACCGAUGAUAUUCUGCGAGGACAUUGAGUGCACUUCAAACUUCCCCUUGACUUCACAUUUAAAAAGCUGGUCUGAGAAAUUGCAGCUGCAUGGAUUUAAGUAUGCUAGGAGGAAUAAAAAAAGUAAAAUUCCUAACGACCCUACCAUGAUGAAAACUACUGAGUAGCAGCGAUUUUUAUAGGUUCAUUGUAAUUUAUUAAUUUUACUUCAAUACAUCUUUCCGGGUACUGGUAUUGUUUUUCACAAAAGAUUCCAUGAUUGUGGUUUAUAACACAUGCAAGUUUAGACACAUCAUUGAAUUUAGUCUUACAAUUAUGCUAGGAUGUAAUGUGGUUUUUUAUAUUUAAAAUUCUUUACAAUUGUAGUUUUUUCUUGAAAAUACACCCCAAUUGAGUUUCCA